AUGUGUCUGGUGUACAACGCAACCGGUGAUAAUAUGACUUACGUUGUCACUCAUGACUGGCAUGGACGUCUUUGCGAAUCUGCUUACCCAGUGAUCAUCGCGAAUGGCCAAUGGGGUGCAUUCCUCCAUGGACAAUACUAUGGUAACGAUGAUAGAGAAUCUAGAGCUGGAAUUGUUUACUCUGCUCUUAACAAUCAAGGGGAAGAACGACAUUGGUUCCUGGGUUUUGAUAGUACAACCCAAGGUGCCUAUAACAAGGUGUACGUAGAAAUUCGGGAGGCAGGGCACUAUGAUUUGGAGAACACUGGAGCUUGGUAUGCUCUCAACAACCUUUUGGGUGAUGGGAAAUUGGUGCACAAGGCCUACGAAGAAGGAGGAUUCAUUAGUGGCUCCAUUGGUAAUACUGCAAAACCCAUAUUCGAAGCCGUUUUGACCUGCCUGAAUCCUUGAUUGAGCAUUCUAGGCUUACUAAUGUGACUCUGGAUUUGGCCCAAUUUCUUUGUACACAUGGCUAGCUUGGGAUGAAAUAAGGCCCCUUUAAAUUUAUUUUGUGUUGUUGGUUUUUAUAUAUGUUUUGUUCAACCGUUGAACUCUCAGCUAUGUACUGCAAAUUUGUUUUAUAUUCAGUAUGAAUAAAAUUAAAAGUUUAUUUUCUGUUAA